GGGGGUUUUUUGGUGGUGGCGGCAUAUGGCGAACGGCGGAGAGGACGGUGCCGGUGGUAGGGCGGCGGGGCCGGAUUUCGAUCUUCCCGACGAGAUAUUGUCGGUGAUACCAACGGACCCCUACGACCAGCUGGAUCUGGCGCGUAAGAUCACGUCCAUGGCGAUCGCGUCGCGCGUCACCAAGCUCGAGACGGAGGCCGGGAGUCUCCGCCGGAAGCUUCACGAGAAGGACCGUGUAAUUCAGCAGCUGGAGGAUAAGGUCGCCCAACUCGACGGGGCCUAUCAGGACGCCGAGUUCCGAUUGAAGGUUACGCGCGAAGAUAAUAUGAAGCUGGUGCAGGAGAGAGAUUCGUUGGUUUUGACAGCAAAGAAGCUCAGUCGUGAUGUGGCGAAGGUGAUAACAUUUCUCUUUUGGAAUAGGAUUAACAUAAAUUUUGAUAAUCUUUCUCUCUGUUCAUUGUCAUUUGGGUUAGAACACGAGUUGUAG